AUGCAAAAGGUGUUGAUACGUCCUAUCCACAUAGAAAUCUUACCCUCUUCCACACAUUACCGGUGGAUGCUACAGCCGCUAUCACUUUGGCUGCAGGAUGGGAAUGAAGGUCGAGGAGGCAGGGAAGAAAAGGUUAUUCGCUAUUGGCUUACCCUUAUAUCAGGCCUUGGUACGGCCUAUACACGAUGGAUGAAGGUUUUGGCAAGGUUAAGAAUGGAUGGUACCUAUAAUCAGACCCAACCGUUGCAGUACUUGAGAAGAAAGAAAAAAUUUAUCUCUUUUUAUCUUAAGGCUGCUACCGAUUCCUUAUCUGUUAUCCUGACGUCCUGUAUGCAGGGUUGUUCGGAAAUCCCUUUGCAACUUCCUGGACGUUCAUACUUUGUUCUGUAG